AUGCCUGCCGCCUACAAGCGCCUCGAUGUCGACAAUUGUGUCUUUCUCUUCGUUGACCACCAGGCAAGUAAUCUACUCUUAUCUUCGGGCCUGAUCCAGCUGGUUCAUGAUUUCGAGCCUAAUCAAUUUCACACCAACGUCCUCGGGCUGGCCAAGAUGGCUCAGUACUACAAUGCCCCCGCGAUUCUCACGUCCUCGUUUGAGACAGGCCCAAAUGGUCCAAUUGUCAAGGAGAUCCCUGAAACUCUUCCGAAAGCCCCGAUCAUCCGACGCCCCGGUCAGAUCAACGCCAUGGACAACGAGGACUUUGCAGCCGCAGUCACGGCAACGGGCAAGCAGCAGGUGAUCAUCAGUGGCGUUUUGACCGAGAUCUGUGUUGCUUUCCCUGCUCUCACUUUGAUCGAGAAAGGGUACGAUGUGUUCGUUGUCACCGAUGCGUCGGGCACUUUUGCCGAGCAUACGCGAGAAGCGGCGCAUAAACGAAUGGUUCAGGCGGGGUGCCAGUUGCUGAACUGGGCGGCUGUUUCGGCAGAAUUGCAGAGGGAUUGGCGCCGCGAUGUGGCUGGAUACAGCAAGAUUUGGACGAACCAUGUUCCCGGUUAUUGGUGUUUGCUGCAGAGCUACCAAGCCAAGGAGGCGGCACAAAAAUAG